AUGCCAUCCCCUAUGCCCCCGCCGCCGACCAAGAGCGUCUUCGUAACCGGUGCCAACGGAUAUAUCGGUUUUGCAGUGUGUCGUGCUUUCGUACGCGCCGGUUGGAAAACAUAUGGACUUGUCCGGCGUGCUGAAUCAGCCCACGAUCUUGCUGCCAAGGAAAUUAUACCUAUCGUCGGCUCAGUAUCCCCGGAUACUACUUUCCUCAAGGACCUAUACCAAUACACCAAGACUGUCGACGUAGUUGUAUCAUGCACAGAACAACUUCCCUUUGGCGCGCACUUCGAGGCACUCGUGGCCAUAUUUCGCGAGCUGGCCGAGACUUCUAAUCGGAACGGGGUCGGGCCCCUUGUGUUAUUUAGCUCCGGCUGCAAAGAUUACGGCACAACUGGGGUACACGGAUCCCCAGGCCUUGCGCCUCACACUGAAGAGUCGCCUCUGCGACCUGCUGCGUUUGUUCAGGAGCGAACUUACAGCUCACUAAAGAUCUUUGAGCAUGCAGACCUGUUUGAUGCCGCGCUCAUACGCCCUACGCCACUUUUCGGCUACGACGGCUCUUACACCGGUUUCGCGUUUGAACUUGGGGCUGCGGCAACCAAAGCUGAGGAUGGUACACUCAGAAUCCCUCACGACUUUAACACUAUCAUUCACAGCUGCCAUGUGGAUGAUUGUGCCGAGGCGUACUUGGCCCUAGCGGAAUAUCCCGACCGGAAGGCCGUUGCAGGACAGUGUUUUAAUAUCUCGGGACACUCCUAUGAUACGUUGGGUAGCAUAGCACAAGCGCUGAGCACCGAGUACAACCUGCAUGGCGGCGUGGUCCCAGGUCCUUCCAGUGAAGAGACAGCAUCAUUUGUAGAUCUGCUAUUUGGGUACAGCCAGUGGGUCGACAGUACCAAGAUUCGGCAGCUAACGGGCUGGACGGACAAGAGACUCGGAUUCGCGGAAAACUUACAUGUUUAUCGUAUGGCCUACGAGGCGGCUGCGAAACAAGGACAUGACGGGGUGUUGAGGAUUAAGGAGCGAAUUGAAAAUAUACUGACCCCCACAGGCAAAUGA